CGCGCGCCGCUUCCGGUCCGGCAGGAAAGCGGAAGUGCCGGCCCCAGAGAAGGGCAGAGACGGUGGCGAGAGACACAGCCGAGAGACAGAGAGACAGCGGGCGGCGGCGGCGGCGGCGGCGGGGGGCGGGGCGCGGGGCUGUGCGGUGCGAUGUGAGCGGGAGCCAUGGAGACGGUGCAGCUGCGGAACCCGCCGCGCAGGCAGCUGAAAAAGUUGGAUGAAGACAGCUUGACCAAGCAACCGGAGGAAGUGUUCGAUGUCCUGGAGAAACUCGGAGAAGGGUCCUAUGGCAGUGUGUUCAAAGCUAUUCAUAAAGAAACGGGUCAAAUUGUGGCAAUCAAGCAAGUUCCCGUGGAGUCCGACCUGCAGGAGAUUAUCAAAGAAAUCUCCAUAAUGCAACAGUGUGACAGCCCUCACGUAGUGAAGUACUAUGGCAGCUACUUCAAGAACACAGACCUGUGGAUCGUCAUGGAAUACUGCGGUGCUGGCUCCGUGUCGGAUAUCAUCCGAUUACGAAAUAAGACGCUGAUAGAAGAUGAAAUAGCCACAAUACUGCAAUCAACACUUAAAGGCCUGGAAUAUCUACACUUCAUGAGGAAAAUACACCGCGACAUCAAGGCCGGAAACAUCUUGUUAAACACCGAAGGCCACGCGAAGCUCGCAGACUUUGGGGUAGCCGGCCAGCUCACCGAUACGAUGGCCAAACGAAACACCGUGAUAGGAACGCCGUUUUGGAUGGCUCCAGAAGUGAUCCAGGAAAUCGGCUACAACUGCGUGGCGGACAUCUGGUCCCUGGGAAUUACUGCCAUAGAAAUGGCCGAAGGAAAGCCCCCGUAUGCCGACAUUCAUCCGAUGAGGGCGAUUUUCAUGAUUCCCACAAACCCUCCUCCCACAUUCCGGAAACCCGAGCUCUGGUCGGACAACUUCACCGAUUUCGUGAGGCAGUGUCUUGUGAAGAGCCCUGACCAGAGAGCUACGGCUACUCAGCUCCUCCAGCAUCCGUUCGUCAAGGGCGCCAAAGGCGUGUCGAUGUUGCGGGACUUGAUUAACGAAGCCAUGGAUGUGAAACUGAAACGCCAGGAAGCCCAGCACCGGGAAGUGGACCAGGAUGAUGAGGAAAACUCGGAAGAAGACGAGACGGAUUCGGGCACGAUGGUCCGGGCGGCCGGCGACGAGACGGGCACGGUUCGGGUGGCCAGCACGCUGAGCGACACCGCCCACACCAUGAUAGAGCACGGCGACACCUUGCCCUCCCAGCUGGGGACUAUGGUGAUCAACACGGAGGACGAGGAGGAAGGGGGAACCAUGAAAAGAAGGGAUGAGACCAUGCAGCCUGCGAAGCCAUCUUUUCUUGAGUACUUUGAACAAAAGGAAAAAGAAAAUCAGAUCAACAGCUUCGGAAAGAACGUACCUGGCCCGAUUAAGAAUGCUUCGGAUUGGAAAGUACCGCAGGACGGCGACUACGAAUUUCUCAAGAGUUGGAGCGUGGAGGAACUCCAGAAGAGGUUGUCGGCCCUGGACCCCAUGAUGGAGCAGGAGAUCGAAGAGAUCCGCCAGAAGUACCAGUCCAAGCGCCAGCCCAUCCUGGACGCCAUCGAAGCCAAGAAGCGGCGGCAGCAGAACUUCUGACGGCUUCCAGCCGGAGGCCCCGGGAGCCUCCCGCCCCGAAAUGGGCCGGAGAAGGAGAGGGCCGCCGCCGCCUCGUCCCCUUUGGGGUUUUCCACUGCACCUUGACGAACUCAGGAACGGGAGCACGAGGGGAGGUCUGAUAUUAGGCCGGGGGCUCCAUUUCGGAGCCUUCUGUAAAAUAAGGAAUGUCGGCGCUUUCAAA